GGGCCGUCCCUCACAUGCUGCCUGUAACAAAUGCCUCAAGUACCUCUGCCACAUUUGAGUUCUUGACACUUACCCAAAGGAUAUCAAGAGGAACGGUCCAAAAUGGCGAAAGUGUCCUGUCUUCUGCUGACGGUCUCCAUGACGGUUGCAUUAGCACCGGCACAUGACACUGGCAACUAUACACUGAACAAGCGGGAAAAGAGGGAGCUGCUGCUGCGUUCCAAAAGAAGGUGGGUCCUAUCCACAAUUGAGCUAGUGGAGGAGGACCCUGGACCUUUCCCUAAAUUCGCCACACAGAUGUUCAACGAUAAAGCGGCUCUUUUCAAAAGUCAUCAGUUCCGUUUAUCUGGGAAUGGAGUGACCGAGGAACCGUUGGACGUGUUCUCCAUCGACGACGAGAAGGGAGUGGUGUACGUACACAAGCCUAUCGACAGGGAGACAUACCCCUUCUUUCAUAUUAUGUUUGACAUCAUUGACAAGGAGACUGGUGAGCUUGUGGACAAGACUCUGACGUUCGACGUGGCGAUUACGGACAUCAAUGACAACGCCCCUUACUUUGAGCACCCUGUCAUGAAAGCCAGUGUAAAAGAGAACAUGCCAGAGGGGUAUCUGCCAGUACCUCUGAUAGCCAGGGACAUGGAUCAGGUGAACACACAGAACUCCAACAUCAGUGUAAGGGUGUUGUCUCAGGAGCCAGCUGAGCCCAAGAUCAACCUGAAGCAGGUGGAGGGCACCAAGAUGAGCCAGCUCACCUUCACCGGCUGCUUUGACUAUGACAAAGUAAAGAUGUAUAAAGUGGUUGUUGAAGCUCGGGAUCAUGGGAUACCAGCCCUGUCCUCAACUGCAGUGGUCAACCUCCACAUAAUGGACUCCAACACUCACCAGCCAGUGUUCAAAGACAAGACCUACAAUACUCACAUGAUGGAGAUGGAAUCCAAUACAGAGAUACUCCGAGUGGCUGUGACUGAUGCAGACACCCCCAACACCCCCGCAUGGCGAGCCGUUUACUCCAUUGUGAAGGGGAACGAGGAAGGAAACUAUAAGAUCGAGACCGACCCCAAGACCAACGAGGGCAUACUGACUGUCAUCAAGGGGAAGGAUUUUGAGAAGACAACGUUGACCAAUGUGCAGAUCGCCGUGGAGAAUGAGGAGCCUUUGUUUGUGUGUAGCUCCGGCGGGGCCGUGUCCCAUGGUAAAACCCCGACUGUGCCCCCCCAGACAGUCAACGUGACUGUGAAGGUGAUUGACGUGAACGACCCCCCGGUGUUUGACAAUAAAGUGACAAACGUGUAUGGAAAGGAAGAGCAGGAGGUGGGAAAGGUGCUGUACAAACCCAAAGUCACCGACGUUGACUCAGAUAUGGAAAAAAUCAGGUAUGAGUUAUUUGAGGACCCAGCAGGCUGGUUCACCAUAGAUCCCAAGACAGGAGAGGUUACUACAGUGAAGAAGAUGGACCGGGAGUCACCUUACGUCGACAAAGACAACAUCUACACUAUUCUAAUCCAAGCCAUAGACAACGGGGAGCCCCCUGCCACGGCUACAGGCACCAUUCUGGUCCACCUGGGGGAUAUCAAUGAUAACACACCCUAUGUGGUGGAGAAGAAGCUGGUGAUGUGUGGUAACAAGGUGAUUGUGCCGGUAUCAGACAAGGACAACCAUCCCUUUGGAUGCCCCUGUUUCCUCUCCCUGGGAGCGGACGACGGAGACAAAGCACUGAAGAGCCGCUGGAAACUGGACCCUGCCACUGGUGUGGAGGCGGGUCUGGUCAGUCUCAAGAGUCUGCCGUACGGUAACUACACAGUACCUCUGGUGAUCCAGGACCAGCAAGGGAUGGUUGUAAAUGACACUGUCGAGGUUAUGGUGUGUGACUGUGGGGGAGGGGACAAGUGUAGGGCCUCUCUACCCCUGACCUCCAGCCUGGGCUUGGCCGCUAUAGGACUACUGCUGGCUGGACUGCUUCUCCUCUUACUGCUGCUGCUUUUCCUCCUGCUGUGUGAGUGUGGCGGUAAGACGUUCACACACCUCCCCCUCAAUCUGCAAGAGGACGGAAACCAGACUCUUAUCAACUACAACGAGGAGGGAGGGGGCUCCGCAUGCAAGGGUGAGCCCAUGUUGAUCUUGGCUCGCACCACUUCCAACCAUGUAGCCGUGGACGUGGUAGAUGGAAUGAAGCAGGCCACCAUAGGCAUAAAGCUUGCUCAGGAGACCAAUGAGAUGACCCAAGAGACCAAUGAGACAUACGGAACCACAGGGAGGACCGUGGUCACCAAGCUAUCCUCCUCAGGAGAGGGAGGGAUCUCAGGAUGGGGAACAUUCCAGAGAAUGAGCGAAGCCAACAGAACUCUGAGAAGCCAGGAUGGGCAAGGCAAGUACCAGGCGUGGACUGCAAGCAGGAACAAUACCAUGAGGAGUAACUCUUCGAAGUACUCACGCUCCUUCGGCCUGCUGUCGGACCAGCACAUUUCAGAGCACAUAGACCGGAGGCUGUAUAUGAUUGGAGAUGAGAUGGACUACCAACCCUACGACUACAGAUAUGAGGGGAGAGGCAGCAAGUGCCAGUCACUGGAUGAGCUAUCGCUAAGUAACCUGGGGGAUGACUUGAACUUCCUAGGGGACCUGGGGUCAAAGUUCAACACCCUGGGGGGCAUCUGUCGCCAGGACAUGUAGGAGAGGAACAUUAGGGUGUAGACACAUACACCUGGCUGGACUGGGAAAUGGUGCUAAUUAGGCACAUCUGUCAUUGUCCCCUGUUUGAGGUGAAAACAAAAUUCCUCCAUUGUGAUUUUUGGAUCAAGCUUUGCAUUAUCGACAUCAGUGGGGCAUUUUCUUACAGACCGAAACUGUUGUGGAUUGGCUUUUACCCAGAAGAAGGACUGGGAGAGACUGCUGAUAUUUUUGUCUGACACAAUGAAUGAUGAACUUACUGUACUGAAUAAACCGUAUCAUGCUCGGAUGGCUUUAUGGGCUUCGGUUUUGACAGGGCUGGGCUGGGGUGUGUUUGUAUGGCAUUUUGUUAUGUUAUGUGUUUUUUUAUCAUCGUCACGCUUCAUAGUAUUUUCAACAGAAUUGUAUAAUCUCUUGAUCUACUGGUUAUGCCGGAAUGAGCUUUACUUCAAUGCUAUGAUAGAUGCUAUGAUAGAUAGAAAUUUCAAAAUGUCAACACCACUUCUGUGGGAACAUGAGCAUUGUGUGAAUCAUACUUUUAUGGCCUUUUUUCUGCUUAGGAUAUGGAUAUGGAUUUACCCAAGUUGCUUAAAAUAUUUAUUUUAAAAAUAACCUGGAAUUAAUGUGUACAUUUGCCAUAAUGACAACCUUAACCUCCUUGCCAUCCAAGUGAGAGGAUAAACCCACCACAGAGUAGAUGUAAUAUCUACAUAAGUACAAUGUAAUUAGUAGGUGUUACACAGGAUUAGGUAGUUAAAAUGAAGUGUAUCUUGAGGGGUACUUACUUGUACUUAAUGUGUACUUAUAUAGUACGUUACCCAUCUUGACAACCUGGCCCUCAAUUUAAUGCUUCCGGAAUCCCCACCUAAGUGAGAAAAUAAACACAUUAGUAUACCACAGAGUACAUGUAAUGUCUGCAUAUGUACAAUGAAUUAAUAGGCGUUACACAUGAUUUAGCUAGUUUAAGUUAAGUGUAUUUCAAUGUAAUUAUCACGCCCUGGCCAUAGAGAGGCUUUUUAUUCUCUAUUUUGGUUAGGUCAGGGUGUGACUAGGGUGGGCGUUCUAUGUUAUUUUUUCUAUGUUUUUGUUCUAUGUUUUGUAUUUCUGGUUUUG